AAACAAGGGUCAGUUUGGACGAAAAUGACCAAAUUCCAACAAAUGGAAAACGAUGGCGAGCAAAUAAAAAGGUUUGUUUUUGGCAGUAAAUCCAGAAACGGUGCCUCGUACGUAGGUGAAAAGCUAGAAAUACUCAUACCGGAGCUUCCACUGCCGGGAUAUUCGUUCUACACUUGGCCUUCCGCACCGGUGCUUGCCUGGUUUCUUUGGGAAAGACGACAUUCACUAAUCAACAAGCGAGUACUGGAAAUAGGAGCCGGUACAGCGUUGCCGGGCCUGCUGGCGGCAAAGUGUGGAGCUCACGUAACACUCAGCGACUGUAGUACGCUGCCGAAAACCUUGGAACACAUACAACGUUGCUGCAGAUUGAACAAUCUAGUACCCGGACCUGGGAAGGACAUCGAGGUGAUCGGGCUUACGUGGGGCCUGUUUCUGGAUCAAGUACUGCAGCUUGGACCGUUGGACUUGAUACUCGGUUCGGACGUAUUUUACGAUCCAUCAGUAUUUGAGGACAUCCUAGUGACGGUUUCAUUCAUACUCGAGGCAAACCCGGGAGCCAAAUUCAUCUGCACCUACCAGGAACGGAGUGCCGACUGGUGCAUAGAGAAUCUGCUGAAAAAGUGGGAUUUGGUGUGCUCCGUAAUAAGCUUAGACAAUCUCAGUGAGGAUCUCGGCGUCGAUCCACAGGAGUUGAUGGGCAACCAUACCGUGCAUUUGCUAGAAAUAGUACGAAAACCAAUCGGAUAG